AUGGUAGAGCGUGUUGUGAAUACAGAGUCAUUGGUAAAACAAGAGUUUGAGCAACCAGUCAAGGAGAGAGAAGCAACACUGGACUUUGAGCAAUCAGUAAAAGAGAGAGAAGCAACACUAGACUUUGAGCAACCAGUAAAAGAGAGAGAAGCAACACUGGACUUUGGUUGCUCUAUUUAUAUCAAAAAGGAAGGUGAAUGUGCUUUAGACCCUUUUGUGGAAAAAGAACAAGAAAAGCCCAAGGCAUGUUCUAAGAUUUACACCACAGAAAAGAAGAUUGACGCGUUUUCUCUGACACAAGCUACUAGUGCAAGUGCAGCCAUACUAUGUCCCGUUUGCGACUUGGACUUGCAUGAGUUGGACCUUCGAAGUCGAACUGAUCACGUCGACACUUGUCUUGUCCGCGUGACUUUUGACGAGAGUGAAACAUCACAACAGGAUAUUCAACUCGUGGAAAGGAAACAAACAUCUAUAAAGAAAGAAACGAUAGAAGUGUUAAUACCACCCGUAGAAAAGAAGAGAAAAGUGGAAAAGGAUAAAAUUAGGUACAUCAAUGCAGAAACUAAUAUCAGCAGCAAUAAGCCCAAGAUUAUCAAGCCACCAUCUACCAAUGGAGUAAACACAAAGAAUGGCAGUACUGUACCAAUUGCCACCACCACCACCACCACUAGGAAUAUAUCUUCGAGAAAAAAACCAAUUUCGCCGCUCAAAAUAAUGACAUUUCCGGUCAACAAUCAUCAAAAGCUAGAUUAUCAGGUGUCGGUGGAUGCAUUUUGUUUUGCCCCUCAUGAAACAAUUGACCAAUAUUUUCUAACACAUUUCCAUGCAGACCAUUAUGGUGGUAUUUCCAAAAAAUGGUCUUAUGAAAGAGUAUUCAAAGAAGAUACGGACUAUGAGAAUGAUUCAAAAUACAAACGCAUUAUAUAUUGCACGGCUAUCACCGGGAAGCUUUUAACUUUAUAUUUCUCCAUUGAUCCCAGAUUCAUCAAGAUGCUAAAGAUGGAUACAAAGUAUAAGGUGAAAAACUAUGGUGAUGAUGUGGUUGAUGUCGAAGAUGGGGGCUAUGUUAGCAAUGAGGAGAGCCCUGGGUUUAUUGGCCGCCAUGAUAUCGAAAACACCUUGAAAAUUGAUAAAGUGUAUCUCGAUACGACGUAUAUGAACAAGACUUAUGUGUUCCCCAAACAAGAACUUGUUUGUGAGACAGCUGCUUCAUUGUUUGAGAACCUAACUUUACGAGAAGAUGACAAAGCAAGUAAUUCUUUAUUUAAUACUUGGUUUGGUCUACUUACACAAUCACGAAUAACUGAUUUUUGGAAAUCUGGGCGAUCCCAAGCUGCAAUGAAUAAUAACAGAAAGAAGAAGAAGUUUUUAAUUUUGGUGGGUACCUAUGUAAUUGGUAAAGAGAAGUUAGCUAUCGCUAUUCUGAAAAGAUUACAGUGUCCUAUAUAUGUGUCGAAUAUAAAUAACAGGAGAAACAAGUACGAAAUAUUGAAAACAUAUCAAGACGACUAUUUGGAUCUGGUUUUAACUGCGGAUGAUUUAGGUCGCGAAAAUCCAUCGGAUUGCAUUGUUCAUUUAGUGCCUAUGAGCAUUGUGGGGUCUAUUCAAGAACUAUCAAAUUAUUUCAAUCAUAAUAAAUACUAUGAGAAUUUUGAAAGAUGUGUAGGACUAAGACCCACUGGGUGGAGCUUUGCUCAGAACGGGAAAAAUACAGAUUCUCCACUGGAAGCGGAGGAUUUAGUACCUCAAACACCACUUGAGGAAGUUAUUAGAGUCAUGACAACAACAACGAAUUUUACAUUUAUGGAUCAUAUAUUAUCACAAGGGUCCAAAAACACGAGCGUAAAGGGUCAACCAGAUCAAGAAUUGUACAGAAUAUACUCAUUACCAUAUAGUGAACAUUCAUCAUUUAGAGAAUUGGCCUAUUUUGUCGUGUUCUUCAAUAUUGGACGUGUUAUACCUACCGUCAAUUGCAAUAAUGAAUUCAAUUUAAAGCGAAUGGAAGAUAUAAUUGCAACAUGGGAGCAGGUGAGACGUAUUAAAACAAAUACAACAAUUGACAAGGACUUGCCUAUACUGGAUGAAAUAGUAGAGAAAGUAAAUGAGAUAUCUUUAGAUACUUUUUGA